GGGGACCGUGAUGGAAGGCGCCCUGAGUGUCCGCCAGGUAAUAAAUGAAGGGGAUUCAAGUCUUGCCACCAACUUACAGGAGGAAGUAGAGGAAAAUCCUAGUACAAUUGUGGAUGAGAAUAAUACAGUGUCAGCUAAAAAACAGGGACCAAAUUUACAUAACUGGAGUGGUGACUGGAGCUUUUGGAUUUCAAGUUCCACCUAUAAAGGCAGGAAUGAGGAAUACAAAAGACAGUUUACACAUCUGCCUGAUACAGAGAAGCUGAUAGCAGAUUAUGCUUGUGCUCUUCAGAGGGACAUUUUGCUUCAGGGACGACUAUACCUUUCAGAAAACUGGCUGUGUUUCUAUAGCAACAUCUUCAGAUGGGAAACUACAAUUUCUAUUGCUUUAAAGAAUAUAACCUUCAUGACCAAGGAGAAAACUGCUCGACUCAUUCCAAAUGCUAUCCAGAUCAUUACAGAGGGAGAAAAGUUUUUCUUUACAUCUUUUGUUGCCAGGGAUAGAAGUUACCUCAGUAUCUUUAGGUUGUGGCAGAACGUAUUAUUAGAUAAGAGCCUGUCUCGACAGGAAUUCUGGCAGCUGCUCCAGCAGAACUAUGGCACUGAGCUAGGCUUAAAUGCUGAAGAGAUGGAAAACUUGUCACUGUCGAUCGAGGAUAAUGUGCAGCCAAGAAGCCCAGAAAGGAGCAGCUUGGAUGACUCUGGGAAGAGAGAUGAAACAUUAUCCAAGUCAGUCAGUUUUACCCGUCAAUCAAUUAGUCGAGUUUCUGAAACAGAGUCACUCGAUGGAAAUUCAUCAAAAGGAGGGCUAGGGAAGGAGGAGCCCCAAAGUGAGAAACAAAUCAAAGAGAGUGCUUUACCAACUUCAGAAAAGAGGUUAAGUAGAGUGCCAUCAAAAUCACUGGACUUGAAUAAAAAUGAAUAUCUUUCUCUGGACAAAAGCAGCACUUCAGAUUCUGUUGAUGAAGAAAAUAUACCUGAGAAAGAUCUUCAUGGAAGACUUUAUAUCAACCGUGUUUUUCAUAUCAGUGCUGAGAGAAUGUUUGAGUUGCUCUUCACCAGUUCAUGCUUUAUGCAGAGAUUUACCAGUUCUAGAAAUAUAAUAGAUGUGGUGUCUACCCCUUGGACUGCAGAACCUGGAGGUGAUCAACUGAGAACCAUGACCUACACUAUAGUCCUUAAUAAUCCACUUAUUGGAAAAUGCACUGCUGCCACUGAAAAGCAGACACUGCAUAGAGAGAGUCGGGAAGCACAAUUUUAUUUGGUAGAUUCGGAAGUACUGACACAUGAUGUCCCCUACCAUGAUUACUUCUACACCCUGAACAGAUACUGUAUCAUCCGAUCUUCAAAACAGAAAUGCAGGCUAAGAGUUUCCACAGAUUUGAAAUACAGAAAACAGCCAUGGGGUUUUAUCAAAUCUUUUAUUGAGAAGAAUUCCUGGAGUUCAUUGGAUGACUAUUUCAAACAGCUUGAAUCAGAUUUGUUAAUGGAAGAAUCUAUGUUAAAUCAGUCCGUUGAGGACCCUGGAAAACUUAGUGGCCUCCGAAGAAGAAGGCGAACAUUCAACCGCACAGCAGAAACAGUUCCUAAACUUUUUUCCCAGCACUCUCAUGGAGAUGUGGGCUUAGAGACCAAAGGCAAUAUUAAAGGAAAGAAAAAGGAAGUGAAAAGCUAUAACACAACUCUUAUUAUGGUGAUGAGUAUUUUUUUGCUGUUACUGGUUUUAUUGAAUGUGACACUGUUUUUGAAGCUGUCAAAGAUAGAAUAUGCUGCUCAGUCCUUUUACCGUCUCCACCUCCAAGAAGAGAAAUCUUUAAAUUUACCCUCUGAUAUGGUGUCAAGAGCAGAAAAUACUCAGAAGAACAAAGAUCAGGCCUGUCAUUUAAAAUUAGUGCUCCGAAACUCCAUAGCGAUGCUCGAACAGCUGAAGACCUCACUCAUUAUGCUUCAGAAAACCUUUGAUCUACUAAAUAAGAAUAAGACUGGCAUGGCUGUUGAAAGCUAA